AUGCAAACAACAUUGGUCGCAGUAUUGAUUUUCACCAUCGCUUCGAACUACCUGGAUGUGGUGCACUGUGACGGAGAUAUGGCUACCACCGUCAAGCAAACCGCACAAACCAAACCAUCGGGAAAAAAGCCGAAUCCAAUAAACCCAUCCAGAUCACCACCACGUGGACGCAGUCCUAAUGCUCCAACACUUGCCAAAAAAUCCCAACCUCCACAACAAGACAAGAGAAAAUCAGUGAAGGCAUGA